GAGAAAUUGAGUCGUUCGUCGAUACCCAUGAGGUAACCAAGUCUAAGGAAUAUAGAGAACCAGAUCCGAGUACUUACGUGAGAGAAACGAGGAAGAAAAAGAAAUGAGGAUAUCGUUGAUCUGGAUUUUACUCUUGCAACUCUUGUUCGGUAUCGCACAUUCGUACCAAGAAGCCGAUUUCGAUGGUUGGUAUCAACCAGUGGCACGUCGACCGGUCGACGUUGUUACCGACAUUGUUAACGAUCUUGGGGUGAGAAUUCUACAGCAAUACAGCAAUCUUGGAAAUGUUGCCUUUUCACCAAUCGGAGUUGCUUUCGUUCUGGCUGCGCUUUACGAAGGGUCAGCUGGCGGAGGAAGUCAUCAGAUAGCAGAAGUUUUGGCUUUGCCACACAACCGAGACAUCACCAGGAUUGGUUUUCGUGAUAUUCAUCGUCGACUCAGAACUUACCUGAACGCCGAUGGUUUUUUGGGUGGCUUGACGUUAAACAGAGAAAACACCAAACUCCGACCAGAAUACGAGGACAUUUUACGAUUUUAUGGCUUUAAUUUGUCGGAUAUAGAUGAGAAAGAAUCCAAUGAUACAACAACAAUGUCCGCAGAAGUUACCGAAGUUACAAAUGCACCGACCACUGAAUCAGAGGAUUCUACUAAACCAUCGACAACUAUAAUUGACACUACUCUUUCCUCAGGUUCUUCAAUCAUCUCAGAAUCUAUGGAGCUACCCGUAACUUCUAUUUCCAUAUCUCCUAUGACCGAAACACUUGGAACUACAAUCAACGAGGGGAUGGUAUCGGACAGGCUAACGCAAGUAUCUAAUAUUAGCACCACGAUUUCCAGUACAAGCGAUUCUAAUACCUUUACUACAAUCGUGACUGACGGAAAUUUGAGUACUAUGCCUCAAAAUUCUACGUAUUCUAUGCAAUUACCAGCUGUUACAAUGCCAUUUGAGACAAUGCAAAUUACGGUUGGUCAAACUAUCGGAGAGACAAGCACAAUUAUACCGAACAUUCCCGAUACGACCAACGUGAUGAUGAGCGAUUCUCAAACAACGGUUAAUACUGCUAUUUCAAGUUUGCAAGAUGCAGAAAAUACAAUGAUUCCAACGAGUACAUUAUCUCUCACUACGAUAAUUACAUCUGUAACACCUUCGAAUAUGCAAACAAGUUCAAUAGACUCGACCGAUCAGAUCGAGGCAAUGAACUUGCCUACAGAUACGUCAUCGGUUGAAACGAAUAUAACAACGACGACUCCAGUUUCCGUAACGGCAAGCGCGGGGAAUAAUCUCGAGAUCGGACCUCCCGCUGAAGAAAGUACCGUUCUGACGAAUCAGCCGACAAGUGGACCGAACACUAUGCUCGGAAUUGUGGAUCUUGGAUCUACGAAUUCGAUAAACGAAGGAGGACAAGGAAUGACCACAGUGCCAGCUUCGAUAGAAAAUGUCUCGAGGAAUCAACUUCGAAAGCGAAGUACGAGAAAUUCCCGAGGCUACUUCUCUAGUUAUCCAGACGAAGGUAUCUGGAUGCAGGAUCUUGGCAUUUGGAAAGCCUAUCCGACCAUCAACAACGAGGCUUCCGUCAGGGAUUCUACAGAAAUAUCUUUUCUAGUGAAUGGUUGCGACGUGUCCUCGGUAAUGGCUAGUAGAUAUGUUGCGGUUCUACCCUUUGCGUACUUUCCAUCGCUGCAAGCUGUUGCCGUUGAGUUUCCUUUGGACGAUCCGAGAUAUAAUAUUCUUCUUCUUAUGCCGACGGAUAGAACAGAUACGCAUCGUCUGGCGAGAGAUCUCGGCAGGAAGUCAUUGAGAUGGUUACGGAAGCAGUUGCAACCAGCUUGGGUCAGAGCUACCAUACCCUCUUUCAUGCUACGCGGUUUUGUCACCCUCACGUCUUUUCUUCAAAGACUUGGAAUAACCGAUGUCUUCGAGCCAAGAGUGGCCGACUUGUCACCGAUGACUUCGGAUUUAGGAGUUUAUGCUAGAGACAUCCAACAAAGCAUAGGAGUGAAUAUAAGGAAUUACAUGAAGCCGGAUAGAACCCACUCUCGUGAGUCAACUAAUAUCGAAUCACCGAUUCCCAUCGUACCAUCUCGUCGAAAUUCUUACCGUUUUCUUCUUCAUUCAGGAAAUGGUUUAUUCGAACGAGCUGGACCAGUGCCGUUUACAAUCGUACAUCCGUUUCUUUAUUUUAUCAUCGAUACUGAAACCUCGGUAACGUUGAUUACCGGUCGAGUGGACGAUCCUCUUAAUUCAAGAAUCAUUUAGAUAUCGUUGAGUAUUUUUCCAACAUGAAUUGAUACGAGAUCAUUGGAAAUUACGAAGUAUCAGGUAAAGAAAAAACGAAAAACUCCAAAGUAAUAAUAAACGUAUAUUUAUUUGACGACUCUUAUAAAUAACUACAAACUUAUAAACAAGUAUACAUAUAUAUUUAUUUACUGAAGUUUUUUUUUCUCUAUUCCGCACACAUACCUUCCAGUAUACAACUUUUAUUGUGCACUGUACAGAUUUACUUGUUAAAAAAAAAAAAAAAAAAAAAAAAAAAGAAGAAGAAGAAGAACGAGGACGAAUCAAAUAUCGAACGAUAAUAAUCAUUAUUAUCGCGUGAGAAUGUCAAGAGGAAGGGCAAGAGCUCAGCGUUUCGUUGUUCAAAAAAAAAAGAUCAAAUCAUCCUCCAGAUAUCGUAGAGACAACAAGUAUACAUAAAUAACGAAAAAUUACAUAAAAAAUAUUAUCGGGAUUUCUCGAUUCACAGUUUUUCGUAAACAAAAUCUUUCUUCGUUGGUUCGUAUAUAGGUAUAAGAAAAUACAAGAGUAUUAUUGUAUAGGUUUUUCACUUGUCCGAUGAUUAGUGGACGGGAUCGAUUAAUUAAUCUUUUAUUAACUAAUAAAUAUAUUAUCAUCUUACUCAUAUAAAUACAGUUCUAUCACGAGCGCGAUAAAGCGCGAGAUGUCCUUUCGAUGACUCCGAACUGGUAGCUCGUUUUCCUCGUUAUUUUUUUAAGGACGAUAUAAUAAGACGAUCAACGAUAUACUCGAUGAUAUACGACGAUGUAUUUAUCUUGAUACUUCGUUAUCUAUUCGUUUUUCGUAUACGAAAAGAAUUAUUUCAAGGCAAAAUCAACGUUUUUCUGUCAAUGAUAGCGAAAUCUUCUCAUGAGUGAAACGAUAACGUGUAAAUUGAUUUUUCAAGCCUCGCAUCGUUUUCGGACGCAUGGGCGAUUAGGAAUCGUUGACGAAGAUCUUUCUUUGAGAAAAAAGUCGACGUCCAUCUAAUACACCGAGACGUCAUGUGACGUUUUUCAAGAUCCAAGAGACGAAUUUUGAAAUUCUCGUACAGACACCCGGUAAAUUGGCUUCGGCACAUCCGAUACCCCAAGAGAUUAUACCGGCGAGAAAAUAUCGACCAUCCUUUCCGCGUACCUGAAGAGGACCACCUGAGUCGCCCUGAAAUAGAAUCUUGUUUAAUAAAACCAUUUAGAAUCAUUAAAUACUUCCUUCUUUUAUUUAUAAUUGAUAAAAUCAUUGAUCGUUGAGUAAAUUUUGUAUAAAUCUGAUGUCUAUCAAACAUUUGAGGUAAAAUUAGUAACAUCAAGCGAACGCGUGCGCCUGUGCGUGUUCUCCGUAAUAGUUGUAUAAGAUUUAUAAAAUUACCUGACAAGAAUCCUGUCCUCCUGUCUCGUAACCGGCACACAGAAAGAUAUCCGGUAUAAAUUCGUGUCUGCCCGCCCUGAGGAACAUCGACUUACACCUGUCGUUGCUAACGAUCGGCACAGAAACCUGGAAUCACAGAAAUCACGUUGACGAACAGACGCAGAGGUUAGAUGCGUAUAUAGUUGAAAAGAAUGAAAGGAACGUAGGAAAAACGACAACCUCUUGAAGCACAGAAGGUAAGGUUCCUCCUUCACUCAAUCUUCCCCAUCCGGUGACCGUCGCGUUUUCUCCUAUAAGAAGAUCGUCGGUAGCUGGCAGGCAUAUAGGCGAUAUGUGUGGUGCGAAGGUCAAUGGACUUUCCAGCCUAACCAAUGCCAGAUCGUAUUCGUAAGUAAAGAAAUUAUAUUUCGGAUGGACGACUUUCUUGGCAACUCCACGCUCGACAUAG